UAGUUUCUCUCUUGCUAGUGUGAACAUUUUCAGUCAAUAUCGUCAACGUUUUCUCUUUAGAUACACAAAGCCUCUUUGUAAAUCGUUACUCUCUAUCUCGUAAAAUCUCUGUGAUCUAUAGAUCUUCUCUCCAGCGUAGUAAUGGAUCUUUACCUUAUCCUUGUGAUAAUUGCUACGCUUUUGUGUAGUAGAAUCUUUUCUUUUGUUUAUGGAAAGUUCAGAGUCCAAGAAAACAAAAUAAUUGCUUAUUCUUCUUCAUCACCAUCUCCACCAUCUCCCAAGUCAACUUUGCCUCGUAACUGCAUACACGAUGUCUUCCCUAGCUUCCACGGAAAAGACGUCCGUAAAUCCUUUCUCAGUCAUCUUCUCAAGGAGUGUGGGAUCAAAGGAAUCAACCUGUUCAUCGAUAACGAGAUCACUAGAGGAGAGUUUAUCGGCCCUGAGCUCAAGAAGGCAAUCCAAGGAUCAAGAAUAGCGAUUGUGUUGCUCUCGAAAAGAUACGCUUCUUCAUCGUGGUGUCUUGACGAGUUAGUGGAGAUUAUGAAGUGUAAGGAAGAUUUAGGUCAAACGGUGAUGCCAGUUUUCUGUGAAGUGGAUCCAACUGAUGUCAAGAAGCAGGCCGGUGAGUUUGGGAAAGUUUUCAAAGAAACUUGUAAAGGUAAAACAAAUGAGGUUACUAGGAAAUGGAGUGAAGCUCUAGCAAAAGUGGCCACCCUUGCUGGUUACCAUUCAAAGAACUGGGAUAAUGAUGCAAAAAUGAUCGAAGAUAUUGCCAUUGAUGUUGCAAACAAGUUGUUUAACUCCUCGCCAUCAAGAGAUUUCGACGAAUUAAUUGGGAUGGAAGCUCACAUGGAGAAGAUUUCGCGGGUUUUACGCACAGAUUUGGAUGAAGUGAGGAUGAUAGGGAUUUGGGGGCCCGCUGGGAUUGGCAAGACCACCAUUGCUAGGUGUCUGUUCAAUCAACUCUCCCAUACUUUUCAAUACAGUGUCUUUCUGAUGAAUGUCAAAGCAAUGUGUACGCCACCGGUUUGUUCAGACGACUACAAUGUGAAGUUGCUUUUGCAGCAAAAGUUUUUGUCUCAACUACUCAACCAGAAGGAGGAUCUCAAGAUUUCUCACUUGGGAGUUGCACAAGAAAGACUGAAUGACAAGAAAGUUCUUGUUGUUCUUGAUAACGUUGAUCGGUUAGUACAACUAGAAGCCAUGGCCAAAAAAACUGGGUGGUUUGGUAAUGGAAGUCGGAUUAUCAACACGCAAGAUCGAAAGAUUUUGAAGGCACAUGGGAUCACUGAUAUUUACAAGGUUGAUUUUCCGUCAGACUGUGAGGCUAUUCAGAUGUUUUGUAUGUAUGCUUUUGGUCAAAAGUCCCCUGAAGAUGGUUUUGAGAACCUCGUAUGGGAAGUUACAAGACUCGUCGGUAAACUCCCUUUGGGACUAAGGGUUAUGGGAUCUCAUUUUCGUGAAAUGUCCAAGCAGGAGUGGGAGAAUGAACUACCAGAGCUAUGGAGAUGCCUUGAUGGAGAAAUUGAGAGCAUUUUGAUGUUCGGUUAUAACGCAUUAUCUCAAGAAAAUAAAGAUUUGUUUCUUCAUAUAGCCUGCUUUUUCAACGCUGAGUGGAAAGAGAAAGUGGCAGAGCAUCUUUCAACGAGAUUUUCUAAUAUGAGGAAACGGCUUAACGUCUUAGCUGAGAAGUCUCUCAUAUCUUUGGAAAGUGGAGUUGUGAGUAUGCAUGAUCUGCUAGUCCAGCUGGGUAGAGAUAUUGUCCGCAAACAGUCCAGUGAGCCUGGACAACGCCGGUUUCUGGUCGAUAAAAGAGAGAAUUGUGAAGUACUGGCUGAUGAUGCAGCGGGUAGUGGAAAUGUUAUUGGCAUAACGUUCUUCUAUAGAGGCGAAAUAAAUGUGAGUGAGAGAGCCUUUGAAGGAAUGUCUAAUCUCCAGUUCUUAAGAUUCAGAGUGGAACGUGAUGGUGGAGGAGAUGCAUUGCAUCUAUUUGGUGGAGCAAGCUAUUUAUCUCGUAAACUUAGAUUACUAGAUUGGAGCAAAUUUCCGAUGACAUGUUUGCAUUGUAUUCCCAACCCAGAGCUCCUCGUGGAACUAAUCAUGGUUUGCAGCAAACUUGAGAAGUUGUGGGAAGGAACUAAACCGCUUACCAAUCUCAAGUGGGUGAAUCUGAGUGAUUCAAAAAACUUGAAGGAUGUUUCUAGUCUCUCAACUGCCACUAGUCUAGAGGAAUUAAAUCUCAGUGGAUGUUCAAGUUUAGUGGAGCUUCCCUCUUCUAUUGGAAAUGCCAUUCAUCUCAAGAAGUUGGAUCUCAGUGGAUGUUCAAGUUUAGUGGAGCUUCCCUCUUCUAUUGGAAAUGCCAUUCAUCUCAAGAAGUUGCAUCUCAGUGGAUGUUCAAGUUUGGUAGAGCUUCCUUCCUCUAUUGGGAAUGCAACUAAUCUCCAGUUUCUGUCUCUUAAUCGUUGUUCAACGUUGGUGGAGCUUCCCUCUUCUCUUGGGAAUGCCAUAGGAAACCUAGAGGAAUUGGAUUUUAGUGAUUGCUCAAGUUUAGUGAGAGUCCCUUCCUCUAUUGGAAACGCCACUAAUCUCCAGGAAUUGGAUUUUAGUAGAUGCUCAAGUCUUGUGGAACUUCCUGCCUCUAUUGGAAACCUUCAUGUCUUGCAUAUGUCAUACAACGAGAACCUCAAGGAGUUCCCUCAUGUUCUUGACAUCAUGACAGAUUUGGUCAUGAGCAACACAGAAAUACAAGAGAUUCCUCCUUGGAUCAAUAGAAUCUCUCGUCUUCAUCGUCUUGUACUCAGCGGAUGCAAAGAGCUUUUGUCACUCCCACAUCUUCCAAGUUCAUUAUCAGAGCUAGACGCAGAAUAUUGUGAGUCUCUGGAGAGACUAGACUGCUCCUUUCUUAAUCAAAAGAUUGAUCUCAACUUCGCCAACUGCUUCAAACUGAAUAAAGAAGCGAGAGAUGUCAUCAUCCAGACAUCGACUUAUCAAUUUUCCAUCUUACCCGGUAAAGAAAUGCCUAACUACUUCAAUUAUCAAGCUAAUGGAGGUUCCCUAGUAAUGACGUUCAACGAGAGGCCUUUCCCUUCACCAAUGAUAUGUAAGGCUUGCAUCUUGCUAGUCCGUAAAGAUGAGGUUGAAGCUGGUAUAGGACAAAUCGUGUAUGUAAAUCAUGGGAUCAAACAGAAUAGCCUCGAUGUCCCGUGCAAUCCAAGUUACCACACUCUGGAUCGCCUUUUAUCGGAACAUCUAUACAUCUUUGAGUUCGAAGCAGACGUGACUUCAGACGAGCUUUGCUUUGAGUUUGAGAUCGACUGUUACGACUGGAUGAUAAAAGAAUGUGGAGUGCAUUACCUUAAUACCAGUUGAUGGGUUGAUACAUGUAAUGUUGUAUUUUUUGUGUAUUGAUUAUCAAUCAUCCUGUUGUGGUGGGUUAUGACUUAUGAGUAGUUACUUAUACGGUUAUACCCUAUGAAUAAACAAGGAACCAAUUUUUUGUGUAUUGAUUAUCAAUCAUCCUGUUGUGGUGGGUUAUUAUCAA